AUGCCGUUGCCAGUACCACCUCCAAUUCCCAAACGUGUGCCUAAGAAACCUCAGUCCAGUAAAAGUCUGCUCAACGAUCGUGACUCACCUGAAAAGAGAGCAAUGAUACCUUCAUCUUCACCUCGAGGAGUACUCUCAAUGAGAUUAGCUUUAGAAGAUGUCACCAAUGCUUAUCCAUUUCAGUUUGUCCAGUCCAAGAGGGGAGAUGAGUUUGCAAAACAUGCUUCCAAGAAAGCAAACAAGAAUAUGUCUCUUAGUACGAUGAAAAGCAGUAAGAUGAAUUCUGACAGAUAUAAAUCAAAACCCUUGGCAGUAGUGUCUUCUACCCCACCGUUAAAAAAUAAGGAGAAACUAGACAUUUUGGAAAGAGCCACCAUCUCUAAAGUACCUGAGGAGACAUGUGUCCUCAAAGGAACAUUAACUACCGAACGUAUAACCUUCAUUAAUGACCAAGAGUCAUCCUGUAUAAAGAGAAAAGUUGCAAGUCAUAAGAGAAUGUCCGUAUUUCAGAAGUCAUCCCCCUCUCAAAGAGGCACUGACCGUGAAAAUAAUGUUAAUAUGGAUGUGGCGACAGUUGACAAGAAAAGUAAAACCAAGAAGACAGCUAACACCAAGAGGACAUCAUCCCCAGAGGAGAAGACAUUUAUACCUGGGAUAUACAAGUUCGACCUGAACGAUUUCCUUUGCAAUUCAGACAGUAGUGAAGAUGAGUUCAUCUUCACAUCGAAGUCUCGGAAGAAAGCUAAAAUGGAAAAGCCAACCAUAAAGCCAUUAUCCUCAGAGACGUGUACCCCUCGAGGGAACACAUCCCAAGUGAAGCCACAAGUAUCACAGCAAGUCACCUAUGCAAACAAGCCACUCCCUAAGGAACCAUUGUCCCUUAAGAAAAGAAAGCCUGCCCCUGAGAAGGAAUCCCCUUCUCAGGGAUCAUGUGCAUUGCAGGAGAAGCACACCAAUCAGAAGGCACGAAUGUACAAAUAUUACAUCUUCCAAGAUUCUCCCAGUGAUGAGGAGUCAGUUUCUCAGAAGGUUUUGGUUCUUGAUAAAGAGGCUGCCCCCACAAGUGAUAAACUUCUGAGGAAGUGCAAAAAGUAUCGCAGAAGGGUCGCGAUCCAUUGCGAGCCACUAGAAUCGCAGCCGGUUUGUCCAACUACUGAGAAGAAAACUCUCAGCAAGAUGCCGUUAUUGUCAAAUCAGGAGCAAGUCACACAGGAACAACUGUCCCCCUUAAAGAAACGGCGGCAAUCGCAGAAGGGCGCCUUUAAAGAAGAGUCAAUGCCUGAGAAGUUGCCCUCUAAGCAGCAGUUUUCCAAUGCAAGGGAAUUUCUCUUAAAAGACCCACCUACCCUGAAAGAGAAGAAGACCACCACAGAUGAACCAUCAUAUGUCCAGGAACCACUGACCUGGAAGACAAAGCCUACUGGUGAUGAGAUAUAUUUCAGUCCAGAGCUGUUUUCACCUCCUAUGUCUCCCUACAAAGAUGAGUCCUUCUCCCGGGAAACUUUGCUUUUGCCAGAGAAGACAGGUACCAAAGAGGACUCUUUCAAUAAGCAGUUGAUCUCGAAAGGCCAGAACCUCACUGAAGAAGAGUCCUUUUUCAAUAAGCUCUUGGGUUUGAAAGAGCCCUCCACUGGGGCAGCAAUGAGCACAGAGAGGCAAUUGUCUUCAGAGAAGAAGUCUACCACUCAGGGGGUGGCACUCCUCAUGUCAAACCAGAUGACCAAGCCUGAGAGCAUCACCGAUGGCAAAGAGUCUUCUGCUAAGCAGCCACUGGCCUUUAACCAUGAGAAGCAGCCUCCUUUGCAGGAUAAGCUGCCACCUGAUGAAGACAACCUCUCUCAGGGGCCCUUGAUCUUUCGGGAGAUGGCAAGAGUCUAUGAGACUCCGAUGAGGAAGCCCUGUGCUUCACAGAGCAAGUCCAGCAGCGAGUCAGAGAAACGGCACCAGCAGUGCUUGUCCUUCCAGGAACUGUUUGGAUUUGAUGAGGAAUGCCUGUCUCAGGGACCUGUACUACUUGAGGACAGGGCAAGAAUGAGGGGGGUUGUUGUGGAUGAGCCCUUGAGUGUGCCAAAGACACCCAGCCUGCGCAAGGAAACACCUAGUGAGAAGCAGCUGUACUUUCAGGAGAAGCUCCUGCUUGAGGAAGAUAACAUCUCUCAGGAGCCCUUAAUCUUUCCAGAGGCAGAAGCAACUGAUGAGGCUGCCAAGUGUGAGCCCUGGACUGUGUCAUGGGUAUCCAGCCCCAAGGGGGCUUGGUACAAACAACAGCACGCAUUGGAUGAGAAAUGCCUCCCUCAGGGAUCCGCACUAUUUGAGGAUAGUUCGACAAUGAGAGGGAUUAUUCUGAAUGAGCCCCAGACUGUUCCCAAGACACCCGGCCUGGAUUAUGAGACAUUCAGCAAACAGCAGGCAUCCUCUCGGGAGAAGCGCUCUCCUGAGGAAGAUAGCCUCUCUCAGGUGCCCUUAAUAUUUCGGGAGAUGGCGAGAACCAAUCAGGCUACCGUGAAGGAACCCUGGGCCAUUCAGCAGAAGCCCAGCACUGAGAAGGCUACACUGAAAGAAACCGUAGCCUUGCAGGAAGAGCCUGCUGUCAAUAAGCUAUGGCUUCUCGAAGAAGCAUCAGCCUUGAAUGAGAACCCCAUUGCUAGGAAGAAGCUGUUAUUUGAAGACCCAAUGGCUGUGGCAGACGAAUCUAUCUACAGAAACGAAUUCUUUCUCAAAGCACUCUUUGCGAUGCCCACUGUCAAUUCCAGCCCUGUCUUUGGAUCCACCGUGUUUGGUGGGGACAAGUCCACUGUCACCAGGAAAUCUAGUGUGUGGGAUUCUACUCCCGACACACUUGGCUCAUCUCAUGAACAGAGAACACAGAUACAGAUGAUGAAGAGCCUGAUGGAAGAGGCGAACAGAUAUUACAAUGAUCCAUUCCUCAACUCAGCAUAUGUUAACGAUAUCUUCAAUUACUUGAAGGAGAGAGAGGAAAUGUUCAUACUUACAAAAUAUAUGAGCUGGCAGCCUGAGAUCAACAGUGAUAUGAGAGCCAUUCUUGUGGACUGGUUGGUAGAGCUACAGAUAAAUUUUGAGACAAGUCAUGAGACCUUGUACUUGGCAGUGAAGCUAGUGGAUCACUACCUAAAUGAGGCAAUAUGUGAGAAAGACAAGCUUCAGCUCCUUGGUUGUACUGCCUUUAUGAUUGCAGCAAAAUUUGAGGAGACCUCUAACCUUUGUGUGAGUGACUUCCUGUACAUCUGUGAUGAUAGUUAUGUGCGAAAUGAGAUACUUGCCAUGGAAGCCUGUAUCCUGAAAACCCUCAAAUUUGACAUCAACAUCCCUACUGCCUAUCAUUUCCUGCGAAGAUAUGCUAGGUGUAUGAAGGUCAGCAUGCGGACACUGACCUUGUCCCGCUUCGUCUGUGAGAUGACCCUGCAGAAGUAUGACUACGUUCAGGAGAGGGCCUCCAAGCUGGCCGCAGGUGCCUUACUCCUCGCCCUUUAUAUGAAGAAUCUCCGAAGCCUGGCUCCUUUCCUAGAAUUUCACAGUGGCUACAAGGUCUCUGAGUUAUACCCCUUGGUCAAGCAGCUGAAUGGCACACUGACACUCCAUUUUCGUGACAAGCUCAAGACGGUGUAUUCCAAGUAUUCUCAGAAGGAUUUCUUUGAAGUCUCCAAAAUCCCUCCUUUGGAAAUGUGCACGCUGGAGAAGAUUUUCAAAGGCUAA